CGCCCACUUCCCACGCUGCUGCUGCCAGAGUAGCCAGAGACAGAGCAGAAGGAGCAGUAGCGCUAAGGCUCCUCCAAGGCAGUAGCAGAUUGCCAUUUGCAACCCAGCAUUGUGUCUGUAACUGAAAAUAGAAAUAAACUGAAAAUAGAAACCUGAGAGAUGCCUGUGCCACCUCCGCCGCCACCUCCUCCGCUUCCACCAUCUCUUUCCGGAGGUCCACCACCUCCCCCUCCUCUUCCACCAUCAUUUUCUGGAGGGCCACCUCCUCCUCCUCCACCACCACCUCUCCCAACACCUUCUUGUGGAGGACCACCACCACCACCUCCUCUUCCAUCACCUUCUUCUGGAGGACCACCACCACCACCACCUCUUCCAUCAGCAUCUUUAGGAGGUCCAUCACCACCACCCUUGCCAUCUUCAAGUCCUCUGGCCAACACAGAGCCGCCGAAGCUGAAAAGGGAGGAUUCAAAAAGCCGGAGUGCUUUGCUACACGAGAUCCAGAGAGGGACUCGGCUAAGGAGAGUAACACAGAUCAAUGACCGAAGUGCACCACAGAUUGAAAACUCCAGGAGAAGGACAAGCAAAGAUGGUGGAAGCUCAGGAAGUGGCAGAAAUGAUGUAACUCAGGCACUGGGGAACCUUUUUGCAGAAGGAUUUCCUGUUCUGAAACCAGUAGGCCAAAGAGACUUGACAGGUAGGACUGGGAAGCCAUGUGCCAUACGAACAUCUCUGCCACCAAAGCCUCUGGACUCACAGAACAAUAAUGGGAAAGCCAAUGGGAACUUUCACACUGAACCCGAGAGCCCAAAGCCAACAGAUCAGUCAGAGGAAUCAAAGGCUCAGCGACCUAUGCCUGCUCGUCCCAGCAUCCCAGCUCCUCCUCCACCCCCACCAUUGCCACCACCUUCCUCCAGCAAACCCUCCCUCAUCUUCCCUCCACCUCCACCUCUUCCCCCUCCUCUAGCUGAAAGUCCUGACAAACCCACCUCCCCAACCAUAGCUGCUGUUGCUUCACUUUCUCAGAAUGAGAAGCCUCCUAAAACUCAACCAUCCCCUAUGCAUGUGCCGCCACCACCUCCACCACCUCCCUUACCUCUAGCACCACCUUGUGGGCUCUCAGGCAGAACAAAUGAUUGCUCUUCCUCCCAGCCUGACCUCAGAACCAGUCCUCCUCAGAUGCCGCCACCACCACCUCCUCCUCCUCCUCCUCCUCCUCCUCCAGUGCCUCCUCUGUCCACCUUUUCCUCACACAAAACAUCUUUGUCAUCUCCGUCUUCGCCAACCUCUAACAGUUCCUUGAGUGGCAACAGUGACACUGCCCCUCCACUGCCCCCUAAGUCACUGUUUGUGCAGUCCCAGUUGGAGAAGUCUAACAUUCAGUCACUGCCUCUUCCUCCUGCCCCUCCGGUCACGCAGCAAGCUGCAGUAAUACAAAGAAGGAGACAAGGAAGAGGUGCUGCAAAGCUGAUGACACCACCAGUUCCUCCUGCAAGGUCUCCAACGACUGAGCUCUCAAGCAAAUGCCAGUAUGCUCAAGUAUCUCCUUGGCUGGUUACCCAUGACCUCUACCCAGCACUCAAGAAUGGAACUGCUGUGCACAUAAUGGAUGACUUUGAGUCUAAAUUUACUUUCCAUUCUGUGGAAGAAUUCCCUCCACCAGAUGAGUUUAAGCCAUCUCUGAAAAUUUAUCCUAGCCAGGAAGCUAGAGAUAGUGCCAACAAUCCUCCCUUAAGAGCACAAGUGAGAUGAGAAGAUCCAGGUAACAGGAGCAUUGCUGGAAGGAUCAACAGUAGCAUUGUAAAAUGUAGGAUCUUGUUUUGAUGACCAGAUAAUACAUACAGCUAAAACUGCACACAAAUAAAUGCUGGAUGGGAUCAGAGUGACAAUGCAUGGGCUGUUGGGGGCUGAAACAGUGUAAUUCUAACUGAAUUCAAAUUGUCCUAAGUUUAUUUUAAAUUCUGUGGAGUACUCAUUAUAAUUUAAGUAGUUCAAGUCCACAUGCAUAGGGCAUAUUUUAUAAUUGUUAAGUAUGCAAUGGUUUGCAAAAGAAAAUGUCCAAAGGUCUUGCUUGUUCCAUCUGCUAUAUGUUAGUUUACCAUGCAAGAACUCCUUCCAAACUGUAUUUUGUUUUAAUGUGUUGGAACAGGAUUGGUUUUUGCCCUUUAAAAAAAAAAGCACAACUUCAUACUGUAACCUUUUAUAAACCCCUUUCUGGCCUUUCAUGCAGUUUUCCUGAAGUGGCUUUCCAGUUAUUGCAGUUGUACAGUUUUCCAUUGGAACAUGACAUGUAUGCAUUGAUGUAUAUGUGAGUGCAAAAAUAACCAGCAGUAUUCUGUCCUCUGUCAGAGGAUUCUCUCUCUCUGCAUAUGUAUUUACUGGAAGACUACCAUAUAUACUCAUCUAUAAGGGGGAAAAUUAUGCCCAAAAAUUGAACCCAAAAUCCCAGGUCGACUUAUUUAC